AUGCCUCACAAGCAGAAGAAGAAUUCCAAUCAUGCCCCCCAGAACGCCUCUCCCCGGGCGGAGAAGAAGCAGUUCAACCCCGAAGCCUCGCCCUUUGCCUCGCCCGUAGUCGCCCCCACGAAUUACCACGAAAUCCACCAGAACGAGGUCGAGGCCCUGGCCUCCAUCUACGGCGAUGAUUUUGAAGAGGUGCAGCUUCGACGAUCCGCGUGGGGUCAACAAUCCUCCGAGGUCACAUUCAAACUCCACAUACGCGCCUCCUCCAACCCGGACGUCCAUCUCGAAUUGCUCGUCGAGCUCCCCGCCACCUAUCCCAAAACCUACCCCAACCUUUCCUUGGAAAACAUCGACGAUCUGCGACAAGGCGCUCGAUCGCGAAUCGAAGACAUCAUUCGCAACAAGCCGAGGACACUCAUGGGGUCGGAGAUGAUCUACGAGUUGGCCGUGUCGAUUCAGGAUGUUCUCGAGGACGUGGCGGAGGCUCGAGCGCAAGACAAGGAUCUUCCUAGCCUAGAGGAGGAGCGCAUGGAACAAGAAGCGGCAGCCCAUCAGCGAGCAGAGCUAGAACGACAGGAAGAACUUCGAAAACAAGAGGCCGCGUCGGCGGAGGAGGAACGAGCUUUACAGCAGCUCCUCGACGACAAAAUCAGAGAGCGAACGAAGGCACGCGACUCGAAACGGAAGAGUCGAACGCCAGGAAUGGACUCGAAUGGUGACCUUGAUGCUGCGGAGAAUAUCCCGGGUGCGAUUUGCUUCGAUCCCCCUCUGGUCAUGACGGAUGCGGAUGAGGGCCCUCUGGCCUUUCGCGCGGUAUAUGGGAAGACUAUGCUACAAUCCUCUCCGGGAAAAGAAACCUUUACGGUCAGGCCGGUCACUUACGACACGCGACCCUGUGCUCCUCUCUUAGUCCUGAAAGAGGUAUCCCUGGAUGAGAAGGGGCUAGACCCGUUGGCGUUCCGAGAGAAGAUGCGUACGAGUGAGGAUAAGUUGGAAGGCCUGAAAAGGCUGCGGCAUUCCAACCUGGUUGAGUUUGUCGGGUUUAAAAUAUAUAGACCUCUGAAUCCGCUCGAUUCCCAUGACCAUUUCUGGAAGGUGUAUCUUCUCGUCGAGCACGCAAACAAGGGCUCGCUGUCUGAAUUCCUGGAUAUCGUUGGCACGGCUCCCGUGGAAGUGGUUCGUAGCUGGACUAUUCAACUUCUCGAAGCUCUGGAGUUCUACCAUCGCAGCGGAUUCGUCCACGGAGACAUUCACUGCGGGCGUAUCAUGUUGUUUAGGAAUCCCACCGGUGGCACGAUCGUGAAGCUGCAGGCGGCCAUCGAGGAGACUCUGCCGGCCUCUGCAGAAAAUCUGCGGCCAUUGACAACCUCCAAAUCGCCCUUCUGGCUUCCCCCGGAGUUGACGCCUGAUGAUGCCCCGCCCACCACGAAGACGGAUGUAUGGGACCUGGGGAUAGUCUUUCUUCAGAUGGGCUUUGGAAAGGACGUUUUGCAGCGCUAUACAUCGGCCAAUGCCCUGAUGGCCACCCUCGGCCUCACGGCUCCCCUGCAGGAUUUAUUGCAUGAAUUUUUCCGGCCUGACCCCAAGAAGCGGCCAACCGCUUUCCAGCUUCAACCAUCGGAGUUUUUCCGUCUCGACACUCCCUUGGUUGCUCGUUCGAGCGCCUCAAACUCGAUUUCUUUGCCGAGACGUCCGCGUCUAGAUUCCUUGAAUGGCCUGCCUGCGUUCUCGCGAUAUAAUCAAGACUUCGACGAGGCAGGCCGCCUAGGCAAAGGAGGAUUCGGACAGGUGGUCAAGGCAAGAAACAAACUUGACGGUCGCUUCUAUGCGGUGAAAAAGAUUUCUCAGCGAUCGGCCGCCGCGUUGAAGGACACCCUGUCCGAGAUCAUGCUGCUAUCACGACUUAAUCACCCGUAUGUGGUGCGCUACUAUACCGCCUGGCUCGAAGAGGAUCAUGGCCACGGCGAUGAGGACGCUGUGUCUUCUUCGGACGGAGAUUUUUCUGGCCGGGACUCCAGUCCAUAUGAAUACAGCACUGGUGGCCUUGAUUUCAUCAGCUCUAGUGGCUAUCCUAAGAUUGAAUUCGGAGGCGACAGCGACGAAGAGCGUGAUGGAACCACGCCGUCUCAGAAAUAUAAGCGCGAUACACCUGAAACCUAUGGCUCGGAAAGUGGCACCGGCGUUGAACUCAGCCGUGUGAUGUCUGGCUCGCAGGGUAGACCGGUCUUGUCUACCCUUUAUAUACAGAUGGAAUAUUGCGAGAAACACACCCUUCGUGAUCUGAUAAGGAACGGUCUGUAUGAUGAUGUCGACAGAUCUUGGCGCCUGUUCCGACAGAUCCUUGACGGGUUGAGCCACAUUCACGGCCAUGGAAUCAUACAUCGCGACCUGAAGCCCGAUAACAUCUUCAUUGAUGUAGCCAACAACCCGCGUAUUGGUGACUUUGGACUUGCCACAAGCGGGCAAUUCACGACAGCCGUGCGAUCUUCGACAACGGCAGACUUUGAAGGAAACUUCACUCGAAGUCUUGGUACCACCUACUACGUUGCGCCGGAAAUGAAAUCGGGCUUUACUGGAAAUUACAAUGAGAAGGUCGAUAUGUUUUCCUUGGGUGUGAUCUUUUUCGAGAUGUGCCACUCUCUGCCAACGGGUAUGGAACGAGACCAGACACUGCGAGCGAUCAGGGAAGAGAACCACACUCUGCCACCGACAUUCCAAUACUCCGAAAAGGCCGUUCAAGGUAGAAUCAUCGAGUCUCUUUUGAGCCACAACCCCAGCGAACGGCCCUCGGCGUCGGAGCUUCUCCACAGCGGUCAAAUCCCUCUGCAGGUAGAAGAAGAAACUUUCCGGCGAGCGAUCAUGCACCUUCUGUCUGAUCCUAAUUCUCCCGAUUACAAGAAAAUCUUAUCGGCAAUAUUCUCGCAGUCCCCCAAGAAGUUCGAAGACAUUGCCUGGGAUAUGGAUUCUCAUGGGGCGCCUGCUGCUAAUGAGCUUCUUAUCCACGGCCUGGUCAAGGAGAGACUUACGUCAAUUUUCCGAAGACAUGGGGCCGUCGAAACUGCGAGACAGAUGCUGUUCCCAAGAUCGCAGCAUUACAAUAGUGGUGCCGUGCGACUGCUGGAUUCCACCGGUAACCUGCUUCAGCUGCCCUUUGACCUGACACUCCCCAAUGCGCGUGCAAUUCCUCGGCAAGAUGCUUCUCUUGAGAAGACGUUCACUUUCGGAACAGUCUACCGGGAGACGCCUCAUGGCGGUGAACCUAGAUCCCACAGAGAGGUGGACUUUGACAUUGUGUCACAUAACACCCUUGAUCUAGCCUUGAAGGAGGCGGAGACCAUCAAGGUACUCGACGAGGUCAUCGACGAUUUCCCGCCGCUGAGGUCGGCUCCCAUGUGCUUCUUGAUCAAUCACUCCGAUCUCCUCCAGCUGAUCAUGGAAUUUUGCCGCAUCACGCCUUCCAAGAUUCCCCUGGCAAAAGAUGUGAUCAGCAAACUGAACGUGGGGAAGUGGACAAUGUCAAAGAUCCGUAGUGAACUCCGAUCCCCAGCCAUCGGCAUUGCUUCCACCUCGUUGGAUGACUUGGCAAGAUUUGAUUUCAAAGUGACAGAUUCUCCCAAGCAAACGCAAAAACGACUGCGCAGCAUCAUGGAGGGUACACCAUAUGUCGAGCGGCUGGCACCCAUCUUUACCCGGUUGAAUCUACUGAUGGCAUAUCUUCAGCGGUUUGAUGUAAAACGCAAGGUUUAUAUCAACCCUCUUGGAAGCUUGAACGACAAGUUCUUCCGAGGCAGCAUUCUUUUCCAGUGUGUUUUCGAUAGUAAACGUCGGGAUGUCUUCGCGGCUGGCGGUCGAUAUGAUUCACUGGUGAAGGAGUUCCGUCCCAAGGUCUUAACGAGUCGCUCGCACACGCACGCCGUCGGUUUCAACCUGAGCUGGGACAAACUCAACUCAGUCAUGCUCGACUACCUUCGCGGUUCCACAAAGGGUUCUCUGAAACAACCCGAGGCUGAAAUCGGGGCUUUUUGGAAGGCCAGAAGAUGCGACGUGCUUGUUGCAAGCUUCGACGCGACUGUUCUUCGCACUCUUGGCGUGAAGAUCGCGCAGGAUCUUUGGGCAAGUGAUAUCAGCGCAGAGAUAGCAGUUGAUGCUUCCUCGCUCGAAGAGCUCCUCACUCAUUACAAGGAGCACAACCACAGCUGGAUCGUCAUUGCAAAGCAGGAUAGCCAGGAGCGAGGGUUCAAGAUCCGAUGUCUUGAGCCGAAAGAGGAAUUUGAUGUGAGAAGUGCCGAACUGAUCCCUUGGCUUCGAAACGAAAUACGGUCACGCAACCAGCGUGAAGGCAUCACGGACUCGUUCCGACAAUCCCGACUGCCUAGCCAGCCUGAUCUCAACAGUCCGAACGAACGGGUGAACGACGUGCGCAUCUUAGUGCCUCAACAUCGGAGCAAGAAAACAAAUCGACGGAACAUUGUCGAAAACGCUCUGUUCCGCUCGCGAGAGGUCAUUGAAGACGCCUUGAACGGGCCCAUCGCGGCCAUCGACACGCGGGAUGACCUCCUCGACGCAAUCCGAGAUACGCGCUUGUCAGACCCCGACAGCUGGCGUGCAGUCAUACAGAAUGCACCUCUGACCGAGCGAAAGUACAUGAGUCAGGUCCACGAGCUCCUCGUCGAUCUCGCCAACGAGAGCCGCAUCGGGGACGGCGCCGACGACUUCACCAAUGCGUUCAUCUAUAAUUACCGCACGGGAUCCUGUGUGUACUAUGAUCUGGGCACAAGAAAUGAGAGAUGA